AAUGUUUCGCCAUUUUCUUCUCGGUACUUUCUGCGAUGUUUACGUAGAUGGUGUUGAACAGCCAUGGAGAAGCCAUCGUCGUCGCUAAAAUCGAGCACGAAGGUGAAAGCUUCGAGCGAUGCGAACACCAGCUUGAGUAUGCUGAAUGAGGAUAUUCUUCAGAACAUUCUAGCGAGGCUUCCUGCUGUACCAUUCGCUUCCGCAGCGUGCGUCAGCAAAGCAUGGAACUCUCUCUGCAAUCGCAUCCUCUCUCGUCCCAAACUCUCUUCUGCGCUCUCUCUCAACCCUUCGCUCCCCGAUGCUGUCAACGAGGUUGUGCAAAGGGUUCUGUCGGAGCCAAUUCGACCACAUUUUGCUAUUGCCAAUACUGGAACUGGAUUCUGCACUUCCAAGACUCUGCGGCUUAUUAGACAGUCAUUGGGAUCUAAUAUUCCCGUUAUUGUUACCGUGGCAAAUGGUAUUAUUGGAAGGGAUGCUGUUACUGAUGAGUUUAAAGAGGUCAAAUGGGGUGCCCUUUUUAGUGGCUUUGGUGAGGAAACAUAUGCAACGUCUAUAAACGAAGGCUUAGUUUUGACUGUUGGCUACUUGCCGGGAUUGAAAGUCGAAGCUGUGCCGUUGCGGCGGCCACAAAAGUCAUCUCAAGCACCUUGGGUCGACAAUUUUAUUAAGGAUAUUAAGGAAUAUUCAGCCAUUGCCUCCGGUCGCCAGUUCCCUGUUGGGAUUAUAUUGUUUGGAGAAGCAAGCAGUGACAUGAAAUUGGUUCUGGAGAAAUUGGAUUAUGCUAUGCCAUUGGACACUAUCGUUGUGGGUGAUGAGAGAGGCUCCUUUGAGUUUGUACACAAAAGUGGGAAUGAUUCUAGAAUCAUUUGUAGUAAAAGAGGAAACGUAGAAGCUGUUGCUCUGGUAUUUGCUCAGGACAGAGAUAGGUCUUUGGGAACUAUUAGGUUUCAUGUUGCAUUGUCAGAUGGUGUUUCAACUGUGGGUCCCAGAUACAAGGCAGCCUCAGUUAGAGCAAACUCCACUGAUUGUGCAACAUGGCUAACUGCUAGGAGGGAAGGGCAACAAGAACUUCUUGAUGGUCAGAGUAUUCUACUUGAUAUCAAUAAUUUGCUGGAGAAUCAUAUUGAAUCUCCUGAUUUGUACAUCGGGGUAAUUAAACAUAGGAAAUUCUCCACGGGAGCAGAGAAGCUAAUGCCAAGAACCUGUGUUGCAUAUCAUGGAAUUGUGGGAGGUGAUGAAGAGUAUCUGUAUGUGGACGGCAUCGGCAUAAAAACAGGAGAUUUCUUUCAAUUCUACUUUUCAGAUCCCAACACUGCCUUAGCUUCAUUAACCAAGGUCCAUGAAGCCCUCAAGAAUAUUACAUUGGAAAGAAAUUCCAAGAGUUGCAAGGGUGAUGAAGACAAUGCUGCCAAUGUUUUUGGAGGUUUAAUUUUUGCUUGUUACGGCCGGGGAGAAUCCUUCUUUGGACGUCCCAAUGUUGAUAGCUCCCCUUUCUUGGAGAAUUUUCCAGGAGUGCCCUUUUCUGGAAUAUUUUGUGGUGGAGAAAUGGUGCGCCCCUGUACCACUGUGAUUGGUCAAUGUGAAGGAGCAAGCCCCUCUAGUUGUUGUCUGCAUGUCUACAGCACUGUCUACUUGGCAAUGUCUUAUACUCCUCCCUCUGUGGAAGAUUAGACGUUCAUAAUUUCCUUCAAUAGUGUAAAUUUCUUAGUUUAGUAGGAUGCCAUUUUACCCUCUGCCUAGUAGUUAAUGGUUAUGGAAUUUGUGUUUUUUUUUCUUUUUCUAUACACUGUUCUUU